UCUCUUCCUUCCUUUCCCUUACUUUUUUUUUUCCCGACUGACCAAAACGCAACAAACACAGCAAAAAUGAUGAUACGACCACGAUCACUUAAUUUAACUCCUACUUCAUCCAUGAGCAGUAGUGCUGCAACCACCUUCACAACCACCUCUACUACUGCUGCUUCUUCUUCAUCCGCAGUCGGCCCAGUUUCUCCUCCAGCCACGCCCUUAAUACCAUCCUCGCCAGAGUCCAUGUCGUCUCCUUCUUUGUUUCCAUCACCGUCCAGCUCUUCCCGUUCCAUGUCCAUCAAAGAAAACGUACAAGUCAUGGUCCGACUACGCCCUCACUCUUCUGAAGAACGCACCAAAGCUGAGCGCCCCUGCUGGCUCGUCGGCCCUGAGCCCGGCAUGAUCCAACUACCGCAGAACAAUCGGAAGAACAGCUCAGUGUUUCAAUACGAUGCUGUGGUCAGCGGGGUGGAUAACAAACUCGUGUACGACACAGGCAUCGGGGAUCUUGUCAGGUCGACGAUGGCGGGAUACAAUGGAACCGUAUUUGCAUAUGGUCAAACUGCAAGUGGAAAGACUUAUACAAUGAUGGGUACACAAGAACAGCCUGGUGUUAUUCCUAGAUCCAUCAAUGAGUUGUUUACAUAUAUCGAAGAGAAUCCCGGCCGAGAAUUCAUGUUACGCGUUUCGUACCUUGAAAUCUACAAAGAAAAGAUCCGAGACCUAAUUGGUGAGGAUAACGACGACGUCAAGCCAGAGAUUCGUGAAGAUAAACAGAGAGGAGUGUAUGUACAGAACCUGCGUGAAGUGAUUGUAAACUCUGCACAACAAGUAUUGGACGUUAUCAAGAAGGGUGAAGAUAAUCGACAUAUCAGUGCUACGGACUACAAUACGCAUAGCAGCCGAUCGCACACCAUCCUGCAAAUUGUGAUUGAAAGUCGAAAUAAGGCUGCGUUUGUUCCCGAUCAAGGUUCGGUUCGUGUAUCGCAAUUGAAUUUGAUUGAUUUGGCUGGUUCAGAAAAGGCAACCUCGGAUGUUGAGCGACGCCAAGAAGGCGGUUACAUUAACAAAAGUCUCUUGUCGUUGGGCAAUGUGAUAUCACAAAUACUGCAAAAAAUGCACAAUGAAAAAGUCCACGUUCAGUAUCGAAGUUCAACUUUGACGCGUGUUCUUCAAACCGCAUUAUCCGGCAAUGCACGUAUUUCCAUCAUCUGCACUAUCAAUCCGACAUGGCGAUCCAAGGAUGAAUCCCUCAAUACGUUGCGAUUUGCACAACGCGCCAAACAAAUUAGAACUUCUGCCAAAAUGACAAAGAUCAAUGAGCAUUCAGAAUUACAAAAGUGUCUAUCCACUAUUGCUGAUCUCCAAUCGAGAGUGCAGGAGAAAACUGAGCAAGAGUUCGAAACCAAAGAAAGAUUAAGUCAGCUUCUCAGUCUUAUUUUGACAAGUUCCAAAAAUGCACCUACCACUGUUACAGCUGUAUCCAAGCUUGCCGACCGAGUUGUCACGAGCGAUUCUUUAUUAAGCCACAGCACCAUGCAAGAAGUAUUUGCACAAUGCGAGCAAGGACUAACAGCAACACGCGAAGAAAUGGUGCAACUACAACAAUCACUCGAAAGCUCACAGCUAAUAGCCUCGGAACAAAAAGACCAUAUUCGAGAACAAGAGCGCCAAAUCGCAAGAUAUACAGCAUCACUUGCUCGAUUUGAAACUGCUCUAGCGUCGGCCAACCGGGAUCGUGAGGAAUAUGCACAACAAGUGCAAGAAUACCGUGAGCAUAUCAAGGAGCUGACGAGUCGUAUGGCAAGUCUUGAGAACGAGUUGAUUGCAUCAAAGGAAAGGCAAGACGAUUUGGUGCAAGUCAUUGUGACUCGAGAAGACGACGAUGAUCAAGUGAAGCAUUUGAAUCAGUCACUUCAAGAGCAGGUGGCCUUGUUGCAGGAACAAUUAGAAGAGGCAACAAUGCAAAGCGACAGUGAGGAUGACGAUGAUGACGAGAAGGAUGCGGACAAGAAUGAACAACAGCAGCAGGCGUAUCAGCUUCGUGUGCAAGAGUUAGAGCAGGAGCUCACAAUGUACGCGCGGUCGUUAGAGCAAACAACAGCUGAAUUGGCAUUUACCAAGCAACAGCAACAGCAGUUGCAGCAGGAACUACAAGAGAAAGACGAGCGGUUGGUGGAUGAAGCUCUCGCAAUGGUGAUGAAGCAGCAACAACAACAACAACAAGAAGGCCAUAGCAGCAACAACAAUGCUAAGGAUGCUCGUCAUCAAUUGAACAUUCCGGUCUUGUAUGGAGGCGUAUGGAGCGUCAUUGCUGCAACAGCCAUGUACGCGUAUUCGAUCAGCACAUGACGAUGAUGAUGAUAAUAAUACCAGAUUAUCCUUGUAUCAAAAAAAAAUAUAAUAGCAUAUACCCCUUCCUUAUCACUACCACCAUCACACACACUUUGUACAUACUUUUAACCUUUCACAUUAACCCAUUACAGUACCAUACCCAGCCCCCAGCUGCUGAUUUCGCUUUACUAUCAUACCUUUCCCACACAUUUAAGCGCUUUGACGGAACCAUUAAAUCCCAUCGUUAUCUUGUUUACCUUCUUGUUGCUGCUAAUUGAGUAUCAAUCAAUAAUCCUGCCACCUCAUAGUUCAAAUGCGUCAUCCUUAAAAUCUG